AUGAUGUGCGAAGUGAUGCCUACAAUAAACGAGGACACCCCAAUGAGUCAAAGGGGGUCCCAGAGCAGCGGAUCGGACUCCGAUUCUCAUUUUGAACAGCUAAUGGUGAAUAUGCUGGAUGAAAGAGAUCGUCUUCUAGACACUCUUCGGGAGACCCAAGAAAGUUUAUCUCUGGCACAGCAACGACUUCAAGAUGUGAUUUACGAUAGAGAUUCUCUUCAACGACAACUGAAUUCUGCACUGCCCCAGGAAUUUGCUGCACUUACAAAAGAACUAAACGUAUGCAGGGAACAACUGCUGGAAAAAGAAGAAGAAAUUUCGGAAUUGAAAGCUGAAAGGAAUAAUACAAGACUGUUACUGGAACAUUUGGAGUGCCUUGUUUCAAGACAUGAAAGGUCACUGAGAAUGACAGUGGUGAAACGCCAAGCACAGUCUCCCUCGGGAGUUUCCAGUGAAGUUGAAGUUCUGAAAGCAUUGAAAUCUUUGUUUGAGCAUCAUAAGGCUUUAGAUGAAAAGGUCAGGGAACGACUAAGGGUUUCCUUAGAAAGAGUCUCAGCGCUUGAAGAGGAACUAGCAGCUGCUAAUCAGGAGAUUAUAGCUUUGCGUGAACAAAAUGCACACAUACAAAGAAAAAUUACAUCAGGAGAGGGUCCACCUGAUACAGAGCAUAUCAAAGGAAUGGAGCCUGGACAAAAAAUUCAUGAAAAGCGUCUAUCAAAUGGCUCUAUAGACUCAAAUGAUGAAACUGCUCAGUUGGUAGAACUGCAAGAACUUCUCGAAAAGCAAAAUUAUGAAAUGGCACAGAUGAAGGAUCGCUUGGCUGCCCUGUCUUCCAGAGUUGGAGAGGUGGAACAAGAUGCAGAGACUGCUAGGAAGGACCUCAUUAAAAGUGAAGAACUGAACAGCAAAUAUCAGAGAGAUAUUAGAGAGGCUAUGGCCCAGAAAGAAGAUAUGGAAGAAAGAAUAACUACCCUAGAGAAACGUUACCUAAGUGCACAGAGGGAAUCUACUUCCAUACAUGAUAUGAAUGACAAACUGGAACAUGAGCUUGCAAACAAGGAAGCCAUCCUGCGUCAGAUGGAGGAAAAAAACCGGCAGCUGCAAGAACGUCUCGAGCUAGCUGAGCAAAAGCUACAACAAACAAUGAGAAAAGCUGAGACUUUACCAGAAGUAGAGGCAGAAUUGGCUCAGAGAAUUGCCGCACUGACUAAGGCAGAAGAAAGACAUGGCAAUAUUGAAGAACGCAUGCGGCACCUAGAGGCUCAGUUGGAAGAGAAGAAUCAAGAACUUCAAAGGGCAAGACAAAGAGAAAAAAUGAAUGAAGAGCACAACAAAAGAUUGUCUGAUACUGUGGACAGGCUUUUGACAGAAUCUAAUGAACGUUUGCAACUACAUUUGAAAGAGAGAAUGGCAGCAUUGGAAGAGAAGAAUGUUUUACUACAAGAAUCAGAAAACUUCAGAAAGAAUUUGGAAGAAUCUUUACAUGAUAAGGAAAGAUUAGCAGAAGAGAUAGAUAAGCUGAGAGCUGAACUUGACCAGUUGAAAAUACGAGCAGGUUCUUUAAUUGAGCCCACAUUGUCAAGGACACAUCUUGAUUCAUCAGCAGAACUGAGGUACUCUGUGAGCUCAAUAGUUGAUAGUCAACCAGAUUAUAGGUCUACUAAAGUGAUAAGGAGACCUAGAAGAGGUCGUAUGGGAAUCCGAAGAGAUGAGCCAAAGGUAAAAUCCCUUGGAGAGCAUGAGUGGAAUAGAAGUCAGCCAAUUGGAGUUCUAAGCAGCCAUCAUUUUGAGAGUGACACUGAAAUGUCUGAUAUAGAUGAUGACGACAGAGAUACAAUUUUCAGUUCAAUGGAUCUUUUGUCACCCAGUGGACAUUCAGAUGCUCAGACCCUUGCUAUGAUGCUUCAGGAACAGCUGGAUGCAAUCAAUAAAGAAAUCAGGUUAAUUCAGGAAGAAAAAGAAUCCACAGAACUACGUGCUGAAGAAAUAGAAAACAGAGUUGCUAGUGUGAGCCUAGAAGGCUUAAAUCUGGCCAGGGUUCAUCCUGGAACAUCUAUUACUGGCUCAAUAACUGCAUCUUCAUUAGCGAGCUCCUCUCCUCCCAGUGGCCACUCAACUCCUAAACUCACUCCACGCAGCCCAGCUAGGGAGAUGGAUCGGAUGGGUAUCAUGACACUGCCAAGUGAUCUCAGGAAACAUCGAAGAAAGAUUGCAGUAGUUGAAGACGAUGGUCAUGAAGACAAGGCCACAAUAAAAUGUGAAACGUCUCCUCCACCUACACCUAGAGCUAUUAGAAUGACUCACACUCUACCUUCAUCAUAUCACAAUGAUGCCAGAAGUAGUUUGACUGCAUCCUUGGAACCAGAAAGUAUUGGCUUUGGCAGUGUCAAUAGCAGCCAGGAUUCCUUGCACAAAACUCCCAAGAAGAAAGGAAUAAAGUCUUCAAUUGGACGCUUGUUUGGUAAAAAAGAGAAGGCACGACUUGGACAGCUAAGAGGCUAUAUGGAAACUGAGGCUGCAGCACAAGAAUCUCUGGGAUUAAGCAAACUUGGAACCCAGGCAGAAAAAGACCGAAGACUAAAGAAAAACACAUCAGGGCAUGAACUUCUGGAGGAAGCUCGGAGGAAGGGCUUACCCUUUGCACAGUGGGAUGGGCCAACAGUAGUUGCCUGGCUAGAGCUAUGGCUAGGAAUGCCUGCAUGGUAUGUUGCAGCUUGCCGUGCAAAUGUGAAAAGUGGUGCCAUCAUGUCUGCACUGUCAGAUACUGAAAUCCAGAGAGAAAUUGGAAUCAGCAAUCCUCUGCACCGUCUGAAGCUCCGUCUGGCAAUCCAGGAGAUGGUGUCCCUCACAAGCCCAUCAGCCCCUCCAACUUCUAGAACACCCUCAGGCAACGUUUGGGUAACCCAUGAAGAAAUGGAAAAUCUUGCAGCUCCAACCAAAACGAAGGACAGUGAGGAAGGCAGCUGGGCUCAGUGUCAUGUAAUUAGGACCCUAGCUUAUGGUGAUAUGAACCAUGAAUGGAUUGGUAAUGAAUGGCUUCCCAGUCUAGGAUUACCACAGUACCGAAGUUACUUCAUGGAAUGUUUGGUGGAUGCAAGGAUGUUAGAUCAUCUGACAAAAAAAGAUCUCCGUGUACAUUUAAAAAUGGUGGAUAGCUUUCAUCGAACAAGUCUGCAAUAUGGAAUUAUGUGUUUAAAGAAACUGAAUUAUGAUAGAAAAGAAUUAGAAAGGAGAAGGGAAGCAAGUCAGCAUGAAAUAAAAGAUGUGUUGGUGUGGAGCAAUGACAGAGUUAUACGCUGGAUACAAGCAAUUGGAUUACGAGAUUAUGCAAACAAUGUGCUAGAAAGUGGUGUGCAUGGGUCACUCAUAGCUUUAGAUGAUAACUUUGAUUAUAGCAGUUUAGCCUUAUUGUUGCAGAUUCCAACCCAGAAUACCCAGGCACGGCAGAUUCUCGAGAGGGAAUACAACAAUUUAUUGGCCCUAGGAACAGAUAGACACCUUGAUGAAAGCGAUGACAAGAAUUUUAGGCGUGGCUCUUCCUGGCGAAGACAAUUUCCUCCACGUGAAGUUCAUGGAAUCAGCAUGAUGCCUGGCUCCUCAGAAACACUGCCAGCUGGGUUUAGGUUAACUACAACAUCAGGACAGUCACGAAAAAUGGCAACUGAUGGUAAGCCAAUUAACACCUACUUUCAAAAUGAAUAUUCCAACUUUGCAUGACUGUUAGUUACAUUUAAUAUAAAAUAUUCAAAUCAAUUACAUCUAUUUCAUAGCUAAUAGAGAGUAAAAGAAAUGCAUUUUCGAGAGGCAGGGAAAAGGAAAUGAGAAAAUGGAGUUAAGUUUUCAAAUGUUUUAAAUUAUUAAAACAUUGUAAUGCUUGUAAAAUGUUUAUUAUUAGCUUAUUAGCAAUAUCCAUUGUGAAGAAAGCAUGCAAGAUAUGUGCGAAUACAAGAAAACAAUAUAAGUCUCCCAUUCAAAACAUUUCACCAAAAAUUAAGGGUUUCAGUUGCUGAUUAAAUAUUAUUAAUGCUUUAAUUUCUAAAUUAAAGUACAUUAUCCAAUGCUGAAUUGUUUCAUUAUUGGAUUAAUGCAUUAUUGGAAAUCCCAAGUGAACUUUCCCACCGACACAGGUGGACUGUUUUCCCUGCCUCCAGUUCCACUGGAUGUCUCUAGGUCACACAAGGUAUUAAAUAAAAAUUCUAAUUAUAUAUUCAGGUUUGGAGUUCAUUUAGAAAUGUGCUAUGCAAUUUGGACAUAUGAAGUUAAACAUAAAUUCUACUUCAACAUUUAGCCUACAGAUAAAAAGAAGAACAAAUAUAUCCUACCUGCCUUCCAUUCAAAGAGUGAUAUGAAAUAUAUGUUCUGAUUUAUUUAUGUAUCAUGGAGGCAAAUACUUUGUUAAUAUUUAUGAUGAAAUAACAUCAUUUUAGGCAAAAGACAAAAAGAGGAAACUAAGCAAUUGGAACUAAAUAAGCUUAAAGAUAAAAUAAAAUAACUCACAGCAACUUAUUAUAUUAGAAAAACCUCUAUUAAUGAUGUUUUCACCUUCUUUCAAGUUUCUUAAUAUUAUUAAUAUUAUUGGAUCUCUAUUUGCAGUUGCUUCAUCUCGGUUGCAGAGGUUAGACAAUUCUACAGUUCGCACAUAUUCAUGUUGACAUAGCUAGCAUGAAAAAGAGCUCUGAAGUAAAGUGAGUAUUCAGACAAAAAUACAUGGAAGGUUGCAUUCUUUAUGGAAAAGAAAUAACAAGAAUACUUUAGGCUACUGCUGGAGGCUUAUGCAUUUCAGCAAUGCUGGCAAACUUGUGACCUGGAUUGUAACCAGUGGUGGGAUUCAUAAAGUUCACACCAGUUCAGGCAAACUGGUUGUUAAAAUACCGACCACCCCGCUAUCAAAGUGGAUCUUGGGCA